GAGUUUCUUUCACCGAUGAAAGUUUCCAUCGUAUAUAAACCUAAGCAUGGCAGCCGACCGCCGCUAGUUUACCUUCCCCUGCCGUGUAUCCCACAACACUCCCCUCACACAACCCCCACACACCCUGAGAUGUUGCGUGUCGCGGCGGCCGUGCUACUUCUCUCGUUCUCAGCCUCUGUGCAAGCGGAGGCUGACGCGAAGCCCGACUAUCCCGCUGCCGGCCCUCCUACGAGCUAUGGCCCUCCCCCUGCCCCUGCCCCUAGCUACGGACCCCCUCCUGCCCCUGCCCCAUCCUACGGCCCUCCCCCAGCUCCCAGCUACGGCCCCCCGCCUAAGCCCAAGAGCUACUGCCACAAGAAAUGCUACGACAAAACGGUCUACACCACCAUCACCAAGACAGCCAAGGAACACCACACCUCCUGGAUGACGGAGAAUCAGUACGUGCCCACCACUCUCUACAAGUACGUCACUGAGAAGCUGUACUACCCGACAACUGUGGUCCAAUACGAGUUUGUGACUCAGCCACUCCCGGACCAAGUGGUGUACGAGACGAAGGUGGCGUACAACCAUGCCACCAUCACCGAGGCUCACAUCACCACCGUGCAAGACAUGAUGCCCGGCACACACUACUACCUCAAGACGCACACUGAGUCCCACUACUGCACCUCCACCGUUCAGGUACCUUACUACGUCACGGUGACGCAGCACGUGUACAAGACGGUGCAGGAACCCCAUUACGUCACAGAGACCAAGGUGGAGCAGAACUACGUGACGGUGACGGAGGACGAACCCCACUACGUGACGCAAACCCAGUACGAGACCAAGCACCAGUAUAUGUAUGUGACGGUGACGGAGACCAAACAUGGCUACGUCACUGUCACCAACACCAAGACAGAACCCAUGUACACUACCGUCUGCAAAUAUGGAUACUAGAUAAUGACUGCUGCUGCUACUACUGCUGCUGCUACAACUACUACUACUACUACUAUUACUACUGCUAGUUACUGCUAUUACUACUACUACUAUUUUUAUUUUAUUGUUAUUGCUACUUUCACUAUUCUCUGCUGGUAGUACUGUUAAGAUUUUUGUUCCUUACUAUUACUACAACAACUACUACUACUACUACUAUUAUUGCUACUACCACUACUGCUACUACUACUACUACUACUACUACUACUACAGCAAUUACCUGAAUACAUGUAUAUAUCUACUUGGAACCAUCAUUAUUACUACUACUACUACUACUACUACUACUACUACUACUACUACCUUCUACCACAUUUCAUACCUUCCACCACCACUACAACCACAACUACUACAAUUUUUUGGGUGGUUCUCGUCUCCCUACCAAUAUAUAAAAAUCCCUUCCGGUUACCUACCCAUACUUAAUCAUAAGGUUCUCGUACCCUCGUAUAGACUUAGAGAUAGAUUACCAUAUAUUUUUUACACAAGUGAUAUCUGACGCGGGGCGGGCACCCUGUGUUGGUAAAGAAUAAGUAGCUGUAAGGCCAUGACGUGGGCGGGCGGGCAGCGGGCGUGCGCAGGUGAAUCCGGGCGGCAAUGCUCACCUGUUUAUUAAUUAACGCCUCUACCUGGAGACUCAACUAUGAUUUUUUUUUUCUGUGUGUAUUACGGAAAUUAUGUGUGUGUGUGUGUGUGUGUGUGUGUGUGUGUGUACGUAUGUGUGUGCUUUGAGUAUGUCACAUCGUACACACUCGAAGCUAUUACUGUUACUAUUUUGUUUCGUUAUUCUUCUUCUUUCCUUUUUUUUUUUUUUCUCCGUCUUUCCGGUGUAUUAUAUUUUUUCCUACGGUGUAUAUAGUACUGUUGUAUUCCCAUACGUGUUUUGAUAUCAACACUGAUGAUGGUGUUUAUGUAUGCAAUGUUUUCUCUUUUUUUUUUUUUUACCAUUAUUACCAUUUUCAUUAUUGAUUAUUAUUUCGUUGAUGUAGUGUUUGUAUCCCUUCUGUAAAUCCUAUGAACAUGAUUAUCUCUGUGUUAGGAUAAGGUACUCUACUACUACUAUUUUUCUACUACUACUCCUACUACUACUACUACUACUACUACUACUACUACUACUACUACUACUACUACUCAACCUUCAAUAUACAUGCCAGUCGCAAUAUUACCAAUAAACAUUUUUUUUUUUUACA